AAAUCCAUAAGCAUUGUUUUGCACAUUUAUUACGCUGUGGUGUGUGCGGCAUCUCUGAUUAGUAGUGCUGCUAUUCGUUUGCAUUCACAUUUCAGCCGCGAUCGUUAAAGCUCUUCUGAUCUUUUUGCCCUCCGUACGAUCAUUAAAAGCCUAGCUAGAAGCGACAAUGUAUCGUGCAGUGAAGCUGUCGAGCGCUUUCCGUGCACUGUCCGCACACUGCCGGAAUUACUCGGUGCCGGCACCAAAGUCUUCUCCCGAGAUCCUCUACACCGGGAUCUUUAUCAACAAUGAGUGGCACAAAAGCUCGACCGGAAAGACCUUCCCCACAGUCAACCCGUCCAGCGAGAAGGUGAUCGCGGAGAUCCAGCAGGGCACGAAAGCGGACAUCGAUCAGGCGGUGGUUGCGGCCAGAGAUGCGUUCAAACUCGGAUCGCCCUGGCGCCGGAUGGAUGCAUCGAAGCGGGGUCAACUGCUGUACCGGCUGGCGGAUUUGAUGGAGCGCGAUCGGGUGUACUUAGCGAGCUUGGAAACGCUGGACAAUGGCAAACCGUACUUCAUGUCGUACAACGUGGACGUGCCGAUGGCGAUCAGCAACCUGCGCUACUAUGCCGGCUGGGCGGACAAAAACCACGGCAAGGUGAUACCGAUGGACGGUGAGUUCUUCGUCUACACCCGCCACGAACCGGUCGGUGUGUGCGGCCAGAUCAUCCCGUGGAACUUCCCGAUCCUGAUGGCGGCGUGGAAGUUCGGCCCGGCGCUGGCCACCGGCAACACCGUCAUCCUGAAGCCGGCCGAACAGACCAGCCUGACCGCGCUGUACAUGGCGCAGCUCACGAAGGAGGCCGGCUUCCCGCCCGGCGUGGUGAACGUGGUGCCCGGCUACGGUGAUGCCGGUGCCGCCCUGGUCGACCAUCCGGACGUCGACAAGGUGGCGUUUACCGGCUCGACCGAGGUGGGCAAAAAGAUCCAGCAGGGCUCGGGGCUGAGCAAUCUGAAGCGCACCACGCUCGAGCUCGGCGGCAAAAGCCCGAACAUCAUCCUGUCCGACGCGGACAUGAAGCACGCGGUGGAAACGUCCCACUUCGGGCUGUUCUUUAACAUGGGCCAGUGCUGCUGUGCCGGGUCGCGCACCUUCAUCGAGGACAAAAUCUACGACGAGUUUGUGGAGCGAAGCGCGGAGCGGGCGAAGAAGCGCACCGUCGGCAACCCGUUCGAUCUGACCACCGAGCACGGUCCGCAGGUGGAUCGGGCCCAGUACGACAAGAUACUGGGGCUGAUCGAUACGGGCAAGCAGCAGGGCGCCCGGUUGGUGGCGGGCGGCAGCAAGGUGCCGGACCUGCCCGGCUACUUCAUCCAGCCGACCGUGUUCGCGGACGUGCAGGACGACAUGACGAUCGCGCAGGAGGAAAUCUUCGGCCCGGUGCAGCAGCUGAUACGCUUCAAGUCGCUCGACGAGGUGAUCGAGCGGGCGAACAAAACCGACUACGGGCUGGCCGCCGCCGUCUUCUCCAAGGACAUCGACAAGGUGAACUAUCUGGUGCAGGGGCUGCGGGCCGGCACCGUCUGGGUCAACACGUACAACGUGCUGUCGGCGCAGGCCCCGUUCGGUGGGUACAAAAUGUCCGGCCACGGGCGCGAGAACGGCGAGUAUGGGCUGCAGGCGUACACGGAGGUGAAGAGCGUCAUUACCCGCAUUCCGGUGAAGAAUUCGUAAGUGCGUACGUAAGUGUGGGCUGUUGGAAACCAAACACAUGCAAAAACAGGCCGUUAUUCAAAACGGCACAAACAAUUUAAUUGUUUUCUAGCGUUAAGAUCCAAAAACGCAUCACUCAGCCUCUUUGUUGUAGGAUGUAUUUUUUUAAACAAUAAAUGUUAAAAGCGUGCAAAACAA